AUGCCAAGCAUUACUAUGAAAAAAUGUCGAGAAUUUUUUCCUGAGAAAAAGAAAUUUUGUGGUGUAAAGCUGAAAGAACUGAUCGACCUAGAACACCUAUAUGAAGUCAACAUUUUUGUAUAUUCCCUCGAACCCACUAAACCCGAUGGAGAGGAGGGAGAAGAAGACAUAGAAAAAGAGGAAGAGGAUUUCGCUCCUGAGAUCGCUGCGCAGUUGACUCGCCGCUCCCUUUGCCACUACCCAAGUACGCUGUACCUCAACCUGUACCAGAAUCACUUUUCCUAUAUUAAAGAUUUAAAGAAGUAUGCCAAAUCUUACUGCUGCUCGCGAUGUGGAAAAUUCUGGAAACAUGUAGGAAAACUACAUCGUCAUGAGCGAACCUGCGCGGCCAAAGUCCAUUACAUGUUUCCUGGUGGUGCAUACAAGACGCCACCCACCAUCUUUCAGCUGCUCGAAGAUGAAGGCUUCACCAUUCCACCACAUUUAAAGUACUUUCCAUACAGAGCCACCUUUGACUUCGAAUGCAUGUUUAAUCGUCAGACUGGCCUAAAUAAUACCGAAAAACUCACCUGGAACGCCAAGCAUAUCCCUCUAAGUGUCAGUGUCUGUUCCAACGUUCCAGACUACGACCAACCCAAGUGCUUUAUGUCAGAUGGGGAUUCUAAACAGCUCGUCAAAGAGAUGUUAGAACACCUCGUAAAAAUCAGUGAACGAAGUUAUGACCUGUUAAGAAAAGAGUUUAAUUUCCUUUUUGAAUCCAUUGACCAAAAGCUGCAAGACCUACAGCAAAAAUCAGAAGCUGGUGACCCUUCAAACACUAACACAGUAGAAACCCUCACCCAGGAAGAUAGCGAUGAUGAAGGAGAGGAUCUCAUUGACACAGAUGACGAAGAAGAAGAAAUCGAGUCUGAAACCGAAGAAGAUCGUGCCUUUAUUGACGAUGACGUAGAAGAACAAGGUGCCUCGUUUUACAGGGCCUUAGAUCGCGAACAAGAUGAUCAGAGUGAAAAUGAUCACGAGUGUGAAUAUGACAGACCAGAGGACAACAGCCCAGAACCUAAGAAGAAAAAAGUGCACCCUUUAAAGAAACUGAGAGAUCGUUUCCAAGAAUAUCUGCAAGAACUUCCUGUGCUGGGCUUCAACUCUGGAAAAUAUGACUUGAAUGCCGUCAAAGAAUUUCUGUUUCCUGUCCUGGUCCAGAAUGAAGGCGUUCAGUUUACUAUCAAGCGUAACCACAAUUUCAUGUGCCUAAAGACCCCACAUCUUCGCUUCCUCGACGUCACCAACUUUCUUGCUCCCGGUUUCAGCUACGACAAAUUUCUGAAGGCGUACGAGUGUCCUCAAACCAAGGGGUUCUUCCCAUACGAAUGGCUGGAUUCUCUUGACAAGUUAGACCACCCUUCUCUUCCUCCUCACGACGCCUUCUUCUCUACACUGAAAAACGAAAACAUUUCUAAAGAAGACUACCAGUACUGCCAACAAGUGUGGUCUGACCAUAACAUGCACACAUUUAAAGAUUUUCUCAUCUGGUACAACAACCUAGAUGUCCAACCCUUUUGUGAGGCCCUGGAAAAAAUGUGUGCGUGGACAUCGAAAAAAUGUGUGCGUGGACAUCGUGCGUGAAGAUCGACAUGUUAAGACAAGGUAUUUCUAUUCCCGGUGUUACCUUGACGUACCUCUUUACCACCCUGGAAUCUGGCAUCUUCUUCUCUCUGUUUGACGAAAAAAACAAAGAUCUGUACUAUCUCUUUAAGAAAAAUAUAGUGGGUGGCCCUAGUAUAAUAUUUCAUCGAUAUCACGAGGCGGGAAAAACCAAAAUCAGAGAGAGAGAGAUAACAGAUCAAGGCAAAGAACCAAAAAUGUGCCAGAAAAUAGUAGGAUACGACGCCAACGCGCUCUAUCUCUGGGCCAUCAUGCAAAACAUGCCCACCGGAUCUUUUACGAGACGACGCGAAGAAACCAACUUCAAAAAAGAAAGCUCCACCAAGAUGGCCACCGAGUGGUUAGAGUGGAAGGCACAUGAAGGAGGAAUUUUUAUACGCCACCAAAUGAACAAUACAGAAAAACGCAUAGGUGAAAGAAGGCUCCCAGUGGAUGGUUUUCAUGGUCCUUCACAAACAGUUUUCCAGUUCCAUGGCUGUUGGUGGCAUGGGCAUAACUGCUACCUAACUAAAGGAAAAGAAAUGAACGAAAAAAGAAAGAAACCAAUGGCUGAGCUCAGGGAAGAAACUACAGCUAAUUCAAAGUAUAUCAGAGAUCAAGGCUACAAUCUCGUGGAGAUGUGGGAGUGCCAGUGGCGCCGAAUGAAAAAAACUAACUCUGCAGUACAAUAUUUCAUGAACAGAAAGUUUCACCGACCCCUUGACCACCACCAGACCCUGGAUCAAAAUCAGAUCAUAAAAGCUAUCAGAGACGAGUCUCUCUUUGGUGUUGUCGAGUGUGACAUCACAGUACCUGACCAUCUGAAACCCAAGUUCUCCGAAAUGUGUCCAAUCUUCAAAAAUACGCAGAUUUCUAGAGAAGAUAUUGGUGAAUACAUGCAAACCUUUGCCGAGGAGCAACGUAUCAUGCCUCAACCUCGUAGAAGUCUCAUAGGUAGCUAUUUUGGAGAAAAGAUCUUGUUAGCCACACCGCUCAUUAAAUGGUACUUGGAGCACGGGUUAGAAGUCACCAGGAUUUACCAAGUGGUCGAGUACACACCCGUUCCUUGUUUCCAGCCCUUUGGAGAAGCUGUCUCCGACGCCAGGCGUGCUGGGGAUGUGGACCCGAACAAGGCUAUUAUCGCAGAUACAAUGAAAUUAGUAAGUAUGAUUUCAUUUGUAUAAGCAUUUUGCCACCUUUUUCCUUAUGCAAACCUUAUUAAUGUUCUGAUACAUUAUUUAUUAGGUCGGGAAUUCCAGUUACGGGAAGACGAUCACGGACCAAGAACGCCACAGAGAGGUUAAGUUCUGCGAAGAAACAAAGGCCUCACGGCUUAUCAACACACCCUUCUUCAGACAGAUUGACCAGAUCGAAGAGAACACUUAUGAAGUCCAGUCUUGCAAGAAAACGGUCAAGUUGAAUCUACCCAUGCAAAUCGGUUUUUUUGUUUACCAAUACGCUAAACUCAGAAUGCUCCAGUUCUAUUUUGAUUUCAUGGAUAAAUAUCUUGAUCGUAGUGAUUUUCAGUAUUGUGAAAUGGAUACAGACUCUGCCUAUAUCGCGAUCGCGGGGCAGUCGGUAGAAAGUUUAGUAAAACCAGGUUUAAGAGAGGAAUUUGAAGCAGACAAGGCCAAUUGGUUUCCACGAACCGACACUCCAGAACACAAAGCUUAUGACAAAAGAACACCAGGUUUAUUUAAAGAAGAGUGGUCAGGGGCAGGAAUAAUUGGUCUCAGUAGCAAGACCUACUAUUGCUUUGGGGACUAUGAUAAGUUCAGUUGUAAAGGGCUUAACAAGAAAACAAACGACAUUAACAAAGAAAAAUAUCUUAAUGUUCUACUGACCAAACAAAGCAGUUCAGGAUUAAAUAAAGGUUUCCGCGUAGUCAACAAUAGCAUGUACACUUAUGAACAAGUUCGAGAUGGGUUUUCCUACUUUUACCCCAAAAGAAAAGUGUUGGAGGAUGGAGUUACCACUGUGCCUCUAGAUAUAUAA